GGAGGCAAGAGUUGGUGUCCAGAUUGUGUCAGAGUGUCAUUAUUCCAAGUAUUUACCACUGCCCAUGGAAAGGAUUUUCAUCCCUGACGUUUUAUCCAAAGCAAGUCAAGAAAAGUGUCCCGUCAAGAGUCCCGACAACGUGGAUUAUUCAGAGAAAGAAGUAUGUGUGCAGAAGCGUCCUGUGGGGAGACCCAGGAAGAACCGCCUGCCGGCGGCGGAGGAAGGGCAAAGCUCUCAGGGAACCCCCAAAAGGAAGCGGGCGUCCGCGUCGCCCCGGAAGAGGGGACGGCCGUCGAAGCAGCCGAGGAAGUUGGGGCGGCCGGUGGUGCCGAAGGCGGAGCCCGGGGAGCCCCCCCAGGAGGCGUCCCAGGGCGAGGAGGCGGAGGAGAGGCCCUGCGACCAGUUCGGGAAGUACGUGGCGGCGGAACUGGCCCAGCUGCCGCAGCGGGAGGCCAUCUUGCUGCAGCAGGAGAUACAGAGCUGCAUCACGCGCUGCAAGCUGUCGUGCCUGGGCCCGGAGCUCCCGGCCUACGGCCAGUACGCGGAGCAGCUCAUCGUCGACGUGUCCCCUUCCGCGUCGCCCGCCUCCGUCGACGACACCUACGCCAGUGACGCCUCGGGGCGGGCGUUCCACAGCUUCAAACUUGAUGAAAAAUAA